CCCCCAAUAUCCAACCAAACAGAACACUCUCUCUACUUCAUACAAAUCAGCAAAAUCAAGAAAUGUCAAGCAAAAUGAUAUUAAUGGCUAAUUCCCUAACAAGACUAGUACCACAACCACCAGACCUAAUCAAGUGGGUUAAAACUGAAGGUGGUUUUGUUCACAAAUCAAUAAAAAUAGCACAAGAAAGAGAUUGUUUUGGACUUGGUUUAGUUGCUACUGAAGAUAUACCAAAAGGGUCUGACAUUAUUGCCCUUCCUCAGCAUAUUCCCUUGAAAUUUGUGUCUGAAAAUUCAGUUGAUGUUGAUGGGGCCCAUUCUGCUUUGAUUAAAUUAGCUCAACAUGUGCCUGGCUUUUGAGUAUUUAAUAAAAGGAGUAAACUGGAAACUUGGAGCAUUUGGCAGAGGAACUGUGGGCUAUGAAAUUGGGUUUGAAGCUUCUGCAAGAGAGAGCAAGAAAAGGUUCAUUCUGGUGGCCAUACAUCAGCAAUCUCCCGGAGACCUACACAGUGCCGAUUUUCUUUCCUGGCGAGGAUAUAAAGAACUUGCAGUAUGCCCCUCUUCUUUAUCAGGUGAACAAAAGAUGUCGGUUUCUGCUGGAGUUUGAGAAACUUCUGAAGCAUGAACUCGAGAAUGUUAAACCCAAUGAUCAUCCUUUUGGUGGCCAAGAUGUGGAUUCAUCUGCACUAGGAUGGGCUAUGUCAGCUGUUUCAUCUCGAGCAUUCCGAUUGUAUGGAAGUAAACGUCCUGAUGGUACCCGCAGUAAUGUUCCUAUGAUGAUUCCACUUAUUGAUAUGUGCAACCACAGCUUUGAUCCAAAUGCUGAAAUUGUACAGGAAGAAAAGAACGGCAAUAGCAAUAUACUUGUAAAGGUGGUCGCAGGAAGGGAGAUAAAGCAAAAUGAUCCGUUGCUACUAAACUAUGGCUGUUUAAGUAGCGAUCUUUUUCUUUUAGAUUAUGGAUUUGUCAUUCAAUCAAACCCCUAUGACUGCAUUGAACUUAGAUAUGACGCUGCUCUUCUUGAUGCUGCCAGUAUGGCUGCAGGGGUUUCAUCCCCAAACUUCUCUUCACCGUCCCCAUGGCAGCAGCAGAUUUUAUCGCAUUUAAAUCUAGACGGAGAAAACUCUGAUCUCAAGGUGACACUAGGAGGUGGAGAGCUAGUAGAGGGCCGAUUAUUAGCAGCCUUGAGGGUUAUCCUAUCAAACGAUGAAGAAGCAGUGCAGCCAUACGACUUGGAGAAGCUCAAAUCGUUGGCAUCCGAAGCCCCUCUGGGAAUAUCGACUGAGGUAUCCGCCCUUCGCACUGUUGUCGCGUUGUGUGUAAUUGCUCUCGGACACUUCCCGACGAAAAUCAUGGAGGACGAGUCGUUGUUGAAGCAAAAUGUUUCUCCUACUACUGAGUUGGCUCUCCAGUUCAGAAUGCAAAAGAAGUCACUCAUUGUGGAUGUUAUGAAGGAUCUUAGCAAGAGAGUAAAAUUACUCCUUGCCAAAGAAUCAGCUUCAUAAAAGAGCUAAAUGCAUCAACUUACUGAGGAGUUCUUGUACUUGUGGACAUCAUCUCUUUUGUUUAAUUAUUAUUA